AUGUUUUCUCGUGCUGUUCGUCCGGCCGUUCGGGCUGGCAGUGCCACUCUGACCCGCACUGCGCCCCCCAACGCCGCCAACUUCGCGACUCUGCGUGAAAUCGAGGGCCGUCUGAAGUCCAUCAAGAACAUCGAGAAGAUCACCAACACGAUGAAGAUCGUUGCGUCUACUCGUCUUACCCGCGCCCAGAAGGCUAUGGACGACUCCCGUGUCUACGGUCAGACGUCCAACAAGGUCUUCGAGAACGCCGAAACCAAGCCCCUCGAGGACAAGAAGACCCUGCUCGUCGUUGCUAGCUCCGACAAGGGUCUUUGCGGUGGUAUCCACUCCGGUCUCAGCAAGGCUACUCGUCGUAUACUCCAGGAGAACCCCAACGCUGACGUGGUCAUCCUCGGAGAGAAGGCCAAGGCUCAGCUGUCCAGGUCCAACCCCGACGCCAUCGUCAUGAGCUUCGCCAACGUCUGCAAGGACAUUCCUACUUUUGCUGAUGCUCAGGUCAUUGCCGACCAGAUCGCUCAGCUGCCCACCGACUAUGCUAGCGUUAAGAUUAUCUACAACAAGUUCAUCAACGCUCAGAGUUACGAGGCCAGCAGCGUUGAGGCCUACUCCGAGGAGGCUAUCACCAAGUCCGCCAACCUUGCCACCUUCGAGGUUGAGGACUCUGCCCUGGCCAACCUCCGUGAAUAUGCUCUUGCCAACAGCCUGUACUGGGCUAUGGCUGAAGGCCACGCUUGUGAGAUUUCGGCUCGUCGUAACGCCAUGGAGAACGCCUCGAAGAACGCUGGUGAAAUGAUCAACAAGUUCCAGAUUCUGUACAACCGUCAGCGUCAAGCCGCCAUUACCGGUGAACUGGUCGAGAUUAUCACUGGUGCCACUGCCAGUGAGGACAUGUAA